GUUGUACUAUGUUUAAUAGUUUUUCGGCCUUUAAAAUGGGCCGAUUGUGUAAUUUAAUCUCUUAUCGCAAUUUAUCAACUACUAAAAAGUUGGAUAUCAAAACACCUUACUGUAGCAGAUGGAUUAAAAGGUUAGAACGCAUGAACGCGAAUAGAAGGAUAGAAAAACCUACCAAAUAUCUAGAUUCCAUACCGGAAACUGAAGUUUUCACAGAGGAAGAUGUUAAAAAACUGUCAAUAACACCCACAAAGCCCAUUUGGAACACACGAAGGAGUGGAGUUUUGGCAUAUAAAAUUGGAUGCAUGUCGCUUUGGGACGACUGGGGAGUUCGUCACGCAGUGACUGUGUGCCAUGUUGACAGGUGUGUAGUCCUGGAAAAAAGAACAAUAGAGAAAAAUGGAUAUGAAGCUUUACAACUUGGACUAGGAUAUAAAAACAUUAAACAGCAGUCGAAACCAAACAUUGGAAGGUUUAUUAAACUGGGAACAGGUUCAAAAAACCAUAUUGCAGAGUUCAAAUGUUCCAGUGACUGCCUUCUUCCAGAAGGCCACUACUUUAGUGUCAGGCACUUUACUCCAGGUCAGUGGGUUUUUGUUUCAGGGUGGUCUAAGGCUAAGGGGUUUAAAGGAGCAAUGAGAAGGUGGUCUUUUGGAGGCCAAAACCAAAGUCAUGGAACAGAAUGUAAAGCCCAUAGUGCUCCAGGCUCAAUUUCCCAGGGCAAAUCUGUACACAUAGUAUGGAGAAACACUAAAAUGGGUGGUCACGUUGGUCCUGAUCCAAGAGUUACAAACUGCAGAGUUUUUAGAAUUGAAACCCAUAGAAAUUUAAUAUUCUUAAAAGGUGCAAUUCCUGGGGAAAUAGGGAGUGUAGUUAAGAUACGAGACGCACUGGGGAUUAGUGCUAGGAAAAACAAGGGACUUCACAUACACUAUCCAACUUUUUUACCAAUACCAAACCAUCCCUAUCCAGUGACAAUCCAGGAACCUGUGAAUGAAAGGGAUCCAUUUUUGUUCUCCGAAGACCCAAUGUAUGACUUUAAAUCGCAUAAAUAG